AUGCACAAAAUACAAGAGUUUGGCAUAGAGUUCAACAAACUCACUGGUCAAAUUCCGGCAGUUUUGUUCAUGAGCUGGCCGGAGCUCAUAGCAUUCCAAGCGCAGCGAAACUCGUUCACUGGGAAGAUUCCGCCAGAGCUAGGCAAGGCAACCAAGCUAAAAAUAAUCUAUCUCUACAGCAACAACCUUACCGGCUCUAUUCCGGUAGAGAUUGGCGAGUUGGUGAGCCUAAGCCAGUUGGACUUGUCCGCCAACUUGCUCACAGGGCCAAUACCCAGCUCGUUCGGCAACCUCACGCAGCUCAUGAGGCUGGAGCUCUUCUUCAACCAGCUCACUGGAACGAUCCCACCGGAGAUUGGCAACAUGACAGCAUUGCAAGUCUUGGAUGUCAACACCAACCUUUUGGAAAGCGAGCUGCCCAACACCAUCACAUCACUCAGGAAUCUCCAGUACCUCAGCCUGUUCGACAACAACUUUGGGGGCAACCUACCCGCUGACCUCGGUAAGGGGCUGAGCUUGAUCGACGUGAGCUUCGCGAAGAACAGCUUCUCCGGAGAACUGCCGCAGAGUCUGUGUGAUGGCCUCAUGGUAGAGAAUUUCAUGGUGAACCAUAACAACUUCAGCGGCUCGCUACCGCUGUGCCUCAAGAACUGCACAUCCCUAUUCUGUUUGAGAUUGGACCAGAACCAAUUCACUGGGGACAUCUCAAAGGUGUUUAGUGUCCAUCCCAUCUUGGACUUCUUGGAUGUUUCGGGGAAUCAGCUGACAGGGAACCUGUCGCAUGAUUGGUCACAAUGCACCAAUCUAACAAUUCUAUCCAUGGACAACAAUCGCCUGUCUGGAAACAUUCCUGCAGCCUUGUGUGGAUUGACCUCUCUCCAGUUACUGGAUCUAUCAAGUAACCACUUCACUGGUGAGCUCCCAAGUUGCUGGCGGGAACUACAAGCAGUGGUAUUUAUGGAUGUAUCCAGCAAUGGGUUCUGGGGUAAAUUACCUAUCUCGACAAGCUUGAGUGACUUCCCUCUCCAAUCACUCCAUCUUGCUAACAAUAGCUUCUCUGGGGAUUUCCCAUCUGUCAUUGAAACCUGUUGCCGUAAGCUCAUCACACUAGAUCUUGGGAACAACAUGUUCUUCGGUGUUAUUCCUGCUUGGAUUGGAAAAAGUGUUCCCCUUCUACGAGUUCUGAGCCUCCCAUCCAACAAUUUUAGUGGUGUCAUUCCAUUCGAGAUAUCCCAGCUUUCUAAUCUGCAAGUACUUGACAUGUCAAACAACAGCUUUACUGGAUUCAUCCCAAGUACAUUCGGCAACUUAUCAUCCAUGAUGGAACAACUCUCGUCUUGGAGAACAACAUCUUCUGAAAAGCAUGAUGUUGUCCAACUGAGACGGAUUUCUAUUUUUUCUAGAAGGACUAUGCCACCUGAUAGCUUGUCGUCAGUGGACGAGUACCGAGAGAGAGUUAACAUUUUCUGGAAGGGUCGUGAGCAAACUUUUCAGAAAACAAUUGAACUAAUGACAGGCAUCGAUUUAUCAAGCAAUCUGCUCGCAGGCGACAUCCCCAACGAGCUAACAUACCUUCAAGGUCUCCGAUUCUUGAACUUGUCAAGAAAUGAUCUGUCGGAUAGUAUUCCACCAAGCAUUGGAAGUUUGGGGCUCCUGGAGUUCCUUGACCUCUCAUGGAACGAACUUUCAGGUCCUAUCCCACCCAGCAUCUCAAAUUUGCCGUACCUCAGUGUGUUAAAUCUCUCCAACAACCGUUUAACAGGCUCCAUUCCGACGGGGAGUCAGCUACAGACACUUGUAGACCCAUCAAUUUACGGCAACAAUCUGGGGCUUUGUGGCUUCCCGUUGAGCGCACAUUGUCUGGGUGAGGGAACUGAUCAAGACCACACGCAGCAACUCGGAAGCGAUGUGGGGUUGUGUUACUCUGUAAUUCUUGGCGUUGUUUUUGGUUUUUGGCUUUGGUUUGGAGCUCUGUUUUUCCUCGAGCCAUGGAGGGUUUCCUUCUCUCGUUUUCUUGAUAAGUUGUGCAGUAAGUAA